AUGAGUUCCAAGUUCAUCAUCGAUAGCAUGCUCCCGAAGUACCACCAGCAGUUCCACCACCAGAAUUUGUUCGCGGGUGCUGGGGCGUCGCCUAUAGAGGCGUCGCUGUCAUCUUCUCUGUCGUCGUCUCUGUCGACGUCGCUGUCGAGUUCGCUGUCAGGCGGGCUGGGAGCGGCAGCGCUGGGGGCAGGCUCGCCGGGCGCCGGCAGCCCGCAGCGCUCAUCAUCCUCGUCCUCGGCGUCACCGGGAGCGCCGGCGAGGAUGUAUCCUUACGUAUCGCAUCACCAGCAGUUUGCGGGUUCCGUGCCGUUCUCUGCUGGCGGUGGCCUCUCAGCGGCCGAUGACAAAAGUUGCCGAUACCCAACGGCGGUGGGCGGUGAUCCAAUGGUGAAUUACGCUCUCGGUCAGCACAACGGAGGUGCAGCGGUCUCGGCUGCAUCAGCCAGCAUGGCGGCUGCGGCACAGUUUUACCAUCAAGCAGCGGCUUCUGCUGCAUCAGCUGCGUCUGCUGCCACCGUUGACGCCAUGGGAGCGGCGUGCUCGCAGCCUUCAGCUCAGCCCCUUCCAGACAUACCGCGAUACCCCUGGAUGUCGAUCACUGAUUUUCCAUUUCCAGAUUGGAUGAGCCCCUUCGAUCGGGUGGUCUGCGGUGAGUUCAAUGGUCCAAAUGGAUGUCCACGAAGGCGAGGUCGACAGACGUACACGAGGUUCCAAACACUAGAACUAGAAAAGGAAUUCCACUUCAAUCACUACCUGACUCGCAGGCGCAGGAUAGAGAUCGCACAUGCCUUGUGCCUCACAGAGAGACAGAUCAAAAUCUGGUUCCAGAAUCGACGCAUGAAGUUAAAGAAAGAACUGCGAGCCGUGAAAGAAAUCAACGAGCAGGCCCGCAGAGACAGAGAGGAACAAGAAAGAAUGAAACAGCAACAGCAAGAAAAGCAGGCCAAACUGGAGAACCAGCAUCACGGACACCACGUGACCCACCAUCACGACCCAAUGAAGAUGCCCAUCGACAAGGGCUCCAACGACCUCCUCAAAGUGAACAAGGUCCCUACGUAA